GGCGAAGGCGAGGAGGAGGAGGAGGGAGGCUUUUGAGGGACAAGGAAAGCCAUGGGAGGAACCUGUUGAGCUUCUCAGUGGAACGCUGCAAGACUCGAAUGGAGAAUUAGGAGAGACUGAGGGGCCUUGCAAGUGUCCAUAUAGAGAGAGUGAGAGAGUGAGCGGGUGAGGAGGGCAAAGCCGAGUUCGGGAGGACGUGGUUUCUUCUGCUUUUGCUUUUGGUUCGCUUUAUUCUCUGGAGAAACGUUUUGCCUCGAAUGCUUUGGCUUCGUUAAACAUGCAGCGACGGAUGGAAAGUGUUUUCUAUUUGUUUUCGGAUUUCGGAAAACGCUUCCGAAGUUAACCACGUGUCCCACCCAAGGAAAGCGAAAACCAGCGGCUGCUAGUAACCAUUGGGCCAAGACGAGGUGCGUCGCUGCCGGAAUCAGAAAGCGAAAACGCUUUGAUAUGCCCGAUAGCCCGAAACCCGCUUCAAAUCUGGGGUAUGGAUCUUUAAACGACUGGUCCGAGAAGCUGAUUCUGUUCACUAGAAACCCGGAUCCGAUAAUGAUUUGAAUCGGGCUCAUGGUGAAAAGCCGGGUGUCCGCUUAAGGAUCACCGUCUCUGGCGUAGAAGAACCCCUCGCCGUCUUCCGCCACCGUUUGCCCUCUUUUCGCUGCAACAAGAUCCUUCUUUUCGAACCCUUGGUCUCCGUCUGGUUUGCUUGUCGGGAUUGACUUGCCUUCUUUUGGGAGUUUUCUUGGAUCUUCCUGCUGAAGUCGUGUGAUUUUGGUGAAUGCAGGCAAGCAACUGUUUGAGAUCGACAUGGUGGCAAGACCGGAGGAUGCGCCUCCCCUGGUCGGACGAGGUCUAAAGCUUGAGCUUUCUGAUAUUUCCUGUCCAGAGCCUUCCUUGUCCCAGAACCACUUAGAGCAGAACAUGAGGAAGCCAUGUAGCAACUUGCCAACUAUGAAGAAGAAUUAUCAAAGAAACGAGAUGAUGUUGAAACAGCAGGAGAAGUUUUGUAUCGAUGCCAUUGAUGAGAAAGGGGGGCAGCCAUUUGAACAGCUUGAUAGUGUUGUAGCUUUCUCCACCGCACCUGGGGCUGGUACAGAAGUCGCUGCUGAUGGGAGUAACCGGAGAUUCAGAGUUUGUAUUUCCCAUGAAUAUCUAGCUACAAGAUGCUCUGCCGCACAUACCCACCCAUGGUUGCCUGGAGUUGGAACUGUGGCUGUUUACAGUCGACCAUAGCCAGCAGGGAUGCAUCUUAUCGACAUCAAGUCAACUUGGAUCGGGGCGGCCGCAAGUGGAAAUCAAACCAGGUGUGGUAAAUGGAAUUGGUCGUGUCCACUCCGUUGUUAACUUGAAACUUUUGUUUCGCCAUCUUCACAAGCACUUGUAAGAGAUUUGCUUCGGAAUCUACUUGCAUGGAUGUCUGACACUUGUAGCAUUUAAUUACAGGUCGAAGAAAGUGUGUUGAA